GAGCUUUUCUUCUAGAAUUUUUAUAUAUUUUUAUACUUUAAUUUUAUAUAUUUUUGUUUACAGGGACAAUGGUUACGGUUCUUUGGACAAUUGGUGAGAUCUUAUCUAUAAGACUUGCAAUUGGGUUUGUGGUUGGAUUUCCUCUUCUAUUGUGGUUGGUGGUCCAUAAAUGGAGAAGACGCCAUUUAUGCAUGGAUACAAAUGUUGAAAAGUUUUUACAAGAUCAACAUGAUUUUGCACCCAUAAAAUACAGUUACUCGGAUGUCAAGAAAAUGACGAGCAAUUUUAACGAAAAAUUGGGUGAAGGAGGCUAUGGAACUGUCUAUAAAGGAAAGCUUCGAAGUGGUCUUUAUGUGGCGGUAAAGAUGUUAGACCAAACCAUAGCCGGGGUCGAAGAAUUCAUCAAUGAAGUUGGCACAAUCGGGCGAAUCCACCAUGUCAAUGUAGUGCAUCUCGUUGGGUUUUGUAUCGAACGCUCAAAGUAUGCUUUGGUAUAUGAGUUUCUUCCUAAUGGUUCCCUCGAUAGAUAUAUCUUCAACGAACAAAGUUUAGGAGUGCUCGCCUUGACGCUCGACAAAAUGUUUGAAAUUGCACUUGGAGUGGCGCGUGGAAUUGGAUAUUUGCAUCAUGGUUGUGAUAUGCAAAUCCUACACUUUGACAUCAAACCUCACAACAUACUACUCGACGAGAAUUUCAAUCCAAAGAUAUCUGAUUUCGGGCUUGCAAGAUUGCACCCCACCAAUGAGAGCUUCAUAAAUUUAACGGGUGCAAGAGGAACGAUGGGAUACAUGGCACCCGAGAUGUUCUACAAAAACAUGGGCGGCAUAUCUUACAAGGCCGAUAUAUAUAGCUUUGGAAUGAUGUUGAUGGAAAUGGCGGGAAAAAAGAAAAUCAUGAAUGACUUGGUUGAAGAAAGGAAUCGAAUCUACUUCCCGAUGUGGAUAUAUGACCAACUAUGUGCAGGAAAGGACAUCGAGAUGAAAGAUGCAAGCGAAGAGGAAAAAAGAAUGGUGAAAAAGAUUAUGAUAGUCGCAAUGUGGUGCAUACAAAUGAGACCAUCCGAUCAACUUCCUAUCAACAAAGUAAUAGAAAUGCUUGAAAGUGAGUCCGAACCACGGAUGCCUUCAAGACCAUUUGCAGCGCCGCGUGAGAUAGAAGCCGAAACGGAUGAUCAUGGAACUCAAACUUAUCUUGUAGAUUGCAUCAACUUAGAUUUACUUCAAAGUUGAGCAUUGUGUUGAGAAUAAAGAGGUGAUAAAGAGGAGGUUCUACAGGUAUGAACAUGGUGAUUAUGAUGCUCCCUCUGAAUCUUCUUCAUCUGACUCUGAAGUGGAGGUAGAGGCCACUGAUGAAACAGAAUAUGAAGAAGAAGAGGAGGAGGAGGAGGAGGGAGAUGAGGAGAAUGAAAAUGCUGUUGUAAGGCGAAAGGGAGAAACUUCUUCUUCUGGUUACGAGAGCGAGGAUAGUUCAGCAAAUGAAGUCAAUCUUGAUUCAUCAGGU